ACAAAAACACACAACUAAAAUGGGUUCCAAUGAAGUAGCCAUUAAGCCAGUACAUGUUGUUUGCAUUCCAGUUCCAGCUCAAAGCCAUACAAAGGCAAUGCUCAAAUUAGCAAAACUCCUCCACCAUAGAGGUUUGCAUAUCACCUUUGUCAACACAGAGUUCAAUCACAAGAGGUUCCUCAAGUCUCUAGGACCCAACUCCCUCGACGGCUUGCCUAGUUUCAGAUUCGAAACCAUACCAGAUGGCCUUCCAAGUUCAGAUGAAGAUACCACUCAAGACCAGCUCUUGCUUGGUGAGUCAAUCAUAAAUAAUUUACUUGCUCCAUUUCGAGACCUCCUCAGAAAACUGAAUCACACAGCAACUCCUGACAAUCCUCCGGUGACUCACAUCCUUUCGGAUGGUUUGAUGACGUUCGCGAUCACAGCAGCAGAAGAAAUUGGAAUCCCUGUAGUACUUAUGUUUAGUAUUUCUGCAAGCAGCUUCAUGGGGUAUAAACAAUAUCCCACUUUGCUUGAAAAAGGACUUGCUCCACUCAAAGAUGAGAGCUGCUUAACAAAUGGCUUUCUGGACAAGGUCAUAGAUUGGAUUCCAGGAAUGAACGGCAUCCGGUUACGGGAUCUCCCACACAACUUUAUGACCACAAAUCCAAAUGACAUCUUCUGGAAUUACUGCUUGGAAGUAAUGAGAAGGGUUGAUAAAGCUUCAGCAGUUGUUCUUCAUACUUUUGAUGCAUUGGAGCAAGAUGUUUUGGAUGCUCUCUCAUCCAUACUUCCACUUGUUUAUGCAAUUGGCCCUCUCCAAUUACUUCUCAAUCAGAUACCAGAGAACCCUUUGAAUGCCAUGGGAUAUAGCCUAUGGAAAGAAGAAACUCGGAGCCUCAAAUGGCUAGAUUCUAAGGCCCCAAAUUCAGUUGUUUAUGUGAGUUUUGGCAGCUCAGCUGUCAUAACACCCAAACAGCUUGUCGAGUUUGGUUGGGGACUAGCAAAUAGCAAGCUUCCAUUCUUUUGGGUAAUUAGACCUGAUCUCGUUGUUGGCGAGUCGGCAAUUUUGCCGCCUGAGUUUGUGGAUGAAACUAAGGAAAGAGGUCUAAUAGCAAGUUGGUGUCCACAAGAGCAAGUCCUUAAGCAUUCAUCAGUUGGAGGGUUUUUGACACAUAGCGGUUGGAGUUCAACCAUUGAGAGUCUAUGUGCAGGUGUGCCUAUGCUGUGCUGGCCAUGCUCUACUGACCAGCCAACAAACUGUUACUAUGCUUGUAAUGAAUGGGAUAUUGGAAUGGAGAUUGGUAAAGAAGUCAAGAGAGCGCAAGUGGAGAAGCUUGUUAAAGAGUUAAUGGAGGGAGAGAAAGGUAAGCAAAUGAAAAACAAGGUCAUGCAGUGGAAGAAACUAGCAGAAGAAGCCACUAGUCCACAUGGUUCUUCAUCCUUAAACUUGGACAAUUUUGUGAAUCAAGUGCUAUUAAGAAAAAACUAGAUGUUAAUUUAUCUAUGGGAAUUAUGUCUUCAAUUGUCUUGUCGAUGAUAUAUCUUCUUGUUAUUCAUAAAU